AUGUCUUCUCAUGAUUCAUCUAGGAACUCAUUAGGUACCCCAUUACUUUCUGGCCUCAACAGCAGAUACAGAAUAGGUUCAUCCUCCGGGUCUAUCCAAACUGGCGAAGAGCAGCUUGCUCAGACUUUGGACAAAAUACAUAAUACAGCCAGCAAACUAGGAAGCUUGACGACUUUCAAUGAAUUUGCAUCCACCCCCUCAUCCUCUUUAAAUGCCCAAACAAAGGGUAUUGCUGGGGAUUUGAUGCAAAAUGGAAUUUCGGGACUUUAUAAUCGAUUCUGUGGUGCUGUAGGAGCUAUGAGAGAAAGAUCAGGAUCAACAAAUAUUGUAGAUGAUCAAUAUGCGUUUGACGGUUCCAGUGCGAGAGCUUGUAACAGAACAAUUGAAGUCUCAAAAUCUAUUACAUCUCCACAACAUGAUGAGAUCGAUAAUGUAUUUGUUAGAUCACCUAGACAGCCGUCUGGGGCUUCCUCCAGAAUUCAAUCCCCAACAGCAUCUUCGUUUGCGGGACACCAUUACGAGCCUCAUUUACAAACUUUAAAAAUAGCCAAAGGUACCCACGGCUCUACUCUAAAAUCAACUUCACUAAAAUCUACCUCCAUUGGGAAAAUAUCCAUGACUUCAAUGUCAAAAGCUACGACAUCGUCAGCAGUAGUCCCCACUGUUGCAUCCGUUAAUAUCAAUGCAUUCAAAGAAGACGAUCUUAACCGCCUCCGUCUAGACAAUUUCAUUACUGAGCCAACUAAUACUUCUAAGUCAAGUAACCGGGAGAGUCUUAAUUGUAUCGGGCCCAAGGAAACGAAAUCAGAACGGACCUCAAUGCUAGACCCCUCCAGUAUUAAUUAUGAAAUCCAAGCUAAUAGUGUCGUCGACGGAGGCCUAACUGAUUCUGGUGUUAAGGCUGUAACAGACUCAAAGCUCGUAAGCGUAGAUAGCUUUACUGAAAACGGCCUUCGGCUGUCUAGUUCCGCUAAUAUGACGUCCACAGCUUUGUCUUUUUUCAAAGCGGCAGAGGCAAAUAAUAGUACUGCGUCGAGCAUUAGCGGUGGGAAUAAAAAAUCAGUCAUUACCGAUUGCACUUCACAAUCUCAUUUACCAGCCUACAAGAGUUUACGAGCCUCCAUGGAUCGUAGCAUCCCUGUUCCAAGUAUAAUUAGCACAUCAGAAAAUAACAGUGUUCGUAAUGGAUCGUUUUCCAUUAAUGGAGAAGUUAAUUUAGGAGGAUUAGGCAAACUUCAGAUUCCAGGUAUGGCCGCAAAUAAAGUCGUUCCAGACUUAGUCAACUCUAGGCUUGAGAGAAUGAGGAAACAAGUUUUAAGUAAGGAAUUCUGGAUGGCUGAUGAGAUUUGCAAAGAAUGUUUUUUAUGCGGUGAUACAUUUUCUGCUUUCCGACGAAAACAUCACUGUCGUACUUGUGGCUGUAUCUUCGAUUCGAAAUGCACAUCAAUUAUAUCCGGACAGCGAUUUGGAGUACAAGGCUCUUUAAGAAUUUGCGUUACUUGUCUCGAUAUCAUAAAUAGACGUCAUGAUAGUAGUGCAUCCGAUGACUCUGCGGACGAUGCGACCUUGCCAAGCUUUUUCCAGUCACAGCAAGCUAAGUACGAAUCAUCAUCUCGGACUGAUAAUAUACAGGCUACAACCCUUCCAUCUCAAGAUAUUGAAGUAUCUACCGUAGAUAGCGUAAACCGACCACUUGACACUCCCAUGAUGGCUAUCCCUGCAACUCGGAGGAUUGACGAAUCUGAAAAUCGACGCUCUGCUAUUUUAGAAAUAGAUAUACCGCAAUUAAGUCGCCCGAGCUCUUCCAAGUCUCUUAGAGCUCCCCCUACAGGCGGUCAGCCACCUCCAUCCGGUCACAAGAGACAUCAUUCUAAGCAAAGUUUCAUCGGUCGAUUUAAGGCCGCUUCGGAGGAACGUCCUCCAUUUCACCGGGGUAUCAAUGAUGAAGUGAGUAGCAGGUCAAAGUUACCAGCGUUUCAUGAUGAUAAUAUUAUCGACCCGGACUUAGCGCCUUAUAUGUCUGACGAAGGUUCAAGUGCUGAUGAACAGAUAAGCAUAUUUGCAGCUAUGAAUCACGGUAGUAUUAUGUCGCCUACAUUCGAAAAUGAUCGAUCGGGGUUCGGAUCCCUGUUAAGCUCUGGAAAAAGGCACCGUAUAAGGACUGGAGAUAAAAGCAUCAGCGGUGCCAGUUUUACUACUCGAAAUUUCGACGACAAUGGCUGUAAUAUUUCAGCCGGAGGGUAUUCGAAAGCAAGCCGCCGUCGUAAUCUAAGUUCUGUAAAUAACAAUCUUCAUUGUACACGAACAUCCCCGCUUCAACAAGUUACCGGGCUAGGAAAGUGCGAUGAAAUAACUGAUAUGGAAGCUUCCUCUACGCCUUUUAUGCUUAGGACUUCUCGAAUGACUCGAAGUGCAUCAAUGAGAGACGCAAAUGCCCCAGCUGUUGAGCUUAAUGAUGCCAGUCUUCACCACGUGCGUAGGCUCCUACGUCAAUUGCUUGAAGAUGCCAACAUUCCCAAUUUAUCAUCAUGGGAGAAAGCAUUAGUACCCAUACUUCUGCGGAGUACUGAUGAUGUAAACCCAAAUGUGAGGGCUGGAGAUGACAUUGAUAUACGACACUAUGUAAAACUUAAAAAAAUACCUGGUGGGAAACCUGGAGAUACAGCUUAUGUGUCUGGCGUGGUAUUCACCAAAAACCUUGCCUUAAAAAGUAUGUCUCGAUCAAUAUCCAACCCACGAAUUGUAAUUGUUUCAUUUCCAAUAGAGUACCAGCGCCAUCAACACCACUUUAUGAGCCUUGAACCGGUUAUUGCUCAGGAAAAAGAAUUUCUCAGGAACAUGGUGAAUCGGAUCGCUUCUCUGCAGCCUCAACUACUUCUCGUACAGAAGCACGUAUCCGGAUUAGCUCUUCAAUACUUAACAGAAGCUAAUAUUGCUGUCGCAUAUAAUGUUAAACAGUCUGUUAUUGAAGCUGUUUCGCGUUGUGCUCAAACCGAGAUUAUUUCCUCGAUCGAUAUGGUCGCUCUAAAGCAGGUUCAUAUUGGGAAGAGUGCUGGCUUUGAUCUUAAGACAUAUGUUCAUAAUGAUAUUCCCCGUAAAAAGAAGACCUACGUCUACCUAUCCGGAUGUUCGAAGGAUCUAGGGUGUACAAUUGUUCUUAGAGGCGCAAAUACAUCGAUACUCUCAAAGAUGAAGCGAAUCACAGAGUUUAUGGUAUAUGUCGUCUACAAUCUUAAACUAGAGACCUGUUUGAUGCGUGAUGAGUUUGUGCUUAUCCCAUCAAUUGCUGAAAAUAACGUAAGUUUGUCAUGUAGUAAACAAGACUCAUUCAUACCUCGUCUCAAGUUUUCCGACCCUGAGAAAGCAUGCAACACCCUAUCUACAUCAAGCGAAAAACUUAAUUCGUCAAAGCUUACGGAUGAGACAAUACCCAAAAAAUUUGACGAAGCCAAAGCCACUUCUGUUUCCGAUGAAGGUCAAUCGAAGGAUAGGAAGCCCCAAAUUGAUAAUAAGCUCGAGGACCAAAAAUUCAAAGACAUUCCUGCUGCUUCAAAAAAUUCUUCCCUCAAGCCCACUCUUAAUUUACAAACUAAUCCUGCCCACGAAAGUCAGCUGCCAGAAGACAUUCCAAUGCCCACCUUUUAUAGUGAUAUAGUUGCAAAACAUCGAACAAAAAUAUUGUCAGCUUCGCCAUUUGUCAAGUUUAUGCUACCAUAUUUAUUAAUGCAGGCACGUGAACAAGAACGCAGGCUAAUAUACUUCAAACGGCUUAGAGAUCAGGAUAAUACCGAGGAAUCAACUGAUACUGAAAAGACAAAGCCUCUGAAAUUUCAGCUAAUAAAACCCGAAAUGGUCCAUGACCCUGUUAAGGGAGCACCCCGACAGAUUAUGGAGGUAUUACACGCUGUACAUGAUGCAGAAUACGACAAAGCAUUACAUAAUUACCAGACACAAAAGCGUCAAUGGGAGAAUUACCUCCAAGGUAGUCUUAACUUAUUUGAACCAUAUGCACACCAAAACAUAACAGUUUUGUACACAGUUGUUUGUACAGCAACAUUUAUCCCUUGUGCAGGCCCCGAAUUACUGACUCUAGCCUUCUAUAACGAACAUGCGGAAUUUGAUCCAGAUUGCACACUUGGACAAUACGUCGAGGAUCUCUGUUUAAGCGCAAACGCAACUUGUACUUCUAAUGGCUGCGAGCGAAAAAUGUCUGAGCAUCAUAGAACUUAUGUACACGGUGAGGCACGUAUAACAGUUUUUGUUGAGAACUUUCCUUGUAAGAUUAAAGGACUCCAAGAUUCUAUUCUAAUGUGGAGUUAUUGCAAAAUUUGCCAAAAAGAGACUCCUGUCAUGCCUAUGUCAGAAAAUUCGUGGAAAUAUUCUCUAGGAAAGUAUCUAGAAUUAUCUUUCUGGAGUAGCGAAUUACGUUUGCGAGCUGGGAUUUGCCCUCAUGAUAUCCAUCGAAAUCAUAUACGUUAUUUUGGAUACCGAAAUAUAAUGAUUCGGAUUCAUUAUGAUCCAAUUGACCUUCUAGAAAUAAUUGUUCCUCGAACACGCAUUACAUGGAAGGUUGAGCACGAUCUACGAUUAAAAAAUGAUAUAUUCAGUAACUAUGAAAAAAAAUGGAAUCGAUUUAUGGCUUCAGUAAAUUCCAGGAUAAAGGGAAUCAACAUAGAUAGUGUAGCUCCUGAGAAAGUUGAAGCCUGCAAAGCUGAAGUAGACAGACUUGCCAGACUCGCACAAGAGGAGCAUGGGGCCAUCAUUCGAAAGCUACAAAAAAAGUACAUGGAAUCAAAGUAUUACGAGAUAAUACCUCUUAAUCGAGCAGCCAGAGCCAUGCAAGAAAAAGUUGUACAGUGGGAUGAUGCCUUUGCCGAAUUUGAUGCAAACUUCUUCCCUUCAGAUAAGGAUAUUAGACAACUGGUGGUUCUUCAACUAGGCGGGAUGUUCAUUGAUCGUGAAGAUUCAUCUUCUCCAAUCACUACACCAGAGCCAAGCGAUGUAUUGGAUCUUGAGAAAAAAAUUUUGGAUGCUUCCUCCAAUUUAAACCAAGACCUAUCAAAGAUGAAUGCAGGAGGAAGACGUUGUACCUUACCAUCUGUAGUAGAAGAGAAUCGAAGCAAAGAAGAGAGUAAGAUUUUUGAGAACGACCAACAGCUCGAUGAGUCUAGACUAACUCAACCAUGUACCGAAAACAUCGAUCUAGCAUCCCUGAUUCAAAGUAAUCAAGCUGUUCAAGAGACUUCACUAUUACUAACAUUACCCACUGAAAAUUUGGCGAAAAUUCCUUUAAAUUCAGAAUCUCAUGAUCAAAACCUCCAAAAUACCAUGAUAGAUUCAACGUUACCGAAUAAUAUAGAGAAACCACGGAAAGCUAAUUCAUUGAGCACAGAGAAUGCUUUAGGCUUACCUGAAACUUCUGGCAUUCCUAGACCUACUGAACGUAUUGUAUCUCGUAGAAACUGUGGAGUUAAUCCUCCAGCACUAAUUAGAACCCAAUCUCAACCUCCUGGUGCCACCUGCCGAAAAUUCCCUAUCAGCAAGACUCACAACAAGCAAGGUGAUCAUAGACCUACACUAGAAAACUUAGCGGUAUCUCCCGAUAUCAUAAGGCAAUCUGGAACAGAGCUUACGAAACCAAAUGAUAAAAAGUUCACCGAACGCCUAAGUCUUGGAAUUAUAAAGGCUCAUAGGAAGGCAGGUCACUCAAUGAUUCCACGAUCCAUAAACAACAGAUCUAGAGAUUCAAAAAGUUCUACUCUAGCUAAGCAUGUGGAGCAACUUAGUCGAGAAUUUGAAAAAGAACGCCUGCGUGAUCGAAAGCAGCGCGAACCAAAAUGCACCCAGUCGCGCGCAUUUCCAAAGCUUUCAUCAAAACCAAUUGUUGAAGUUUAUAAGGAUGUAAAUGAGGCAGUUGAAGAUCGUGGUUCUACUAAUGAGUACAUGCAUGAAACUCAACAAGUACAUUCAGAAUUUAAAGAGUCAAAUCCCAAUGAACAACAUGGAAUUUUAGAUAAUUUAUCAGCGCUUAGUAACGGGAUUUUACCCUCUCCUACUGGUACAGCUACUACCACGUACGGGACGAUUACUGAAGGAGAGGAUAACCGACCCGCUACUAGUCGGGAUGUGUCAGAUGACAAUGGUGAAGUUGACGAUCAAUUUUCGCCAGGAAAAAAUAUUUCUAUAGGCUCAGACAUAUUCGGGACCAUGGGAGCUAGGAAAUCUAGCUCAGAAUCACCCCUUGACAUACCGAAAGGAGAAAAAAGCAGCCUUCUUAAGACACUCACAAAAUUCUGGGCUGAACGGAGCGCAAGUGGAUGGACAACUUUAGAUUAUCCGAUGAGUGCUGGUGAUCAUAUCUUUGCAGAUGUUGAUGUAAUUGUUAGAGAAGAUGAACCUAGCUCGUUAAUAGCUUUUGCUUUACAAACACAAGAUUACAAAGAUAAACUAGAAGAUAUUCGGAGUCAGGGGCAAUCAAACGGUAAAAUAGAAGAAAGUCUACAUCCGAAUGGUGGUAAGAUGCAUGAAUCUAUAGGAGAUGCUCUAAAUGAAGCCAAAGUCGAAACUUCAUUACUGCGAGCGACAGGUACUCAUUUAGCCUAUUCUUUUGACGAUGGUCCUGCUCGGAUGCAUUGUAAGAUAUAUUUUGCCGAGCAAUUCGAUGCAGUUCGACGAAAAUGUGGAGUCUCAGAGCGCAUCGUGGAAUCAUUGUCACGAUGUCUCAAAUGGGAUUCCAAGGGUGGAAAAACAAAAUCAGUAUUUCUUAAAACUUUAGAUGACCGUCUUGUUUUAAAAUCCUUAUCACAGAUCGAAACUGAAGCAUUUUUGAAGUUUGCACCAGCUUACUUUAAUAUCAUGGCCGAGGCUUUGUUUCACGAUCUUCCCACUGUAAUUGCAAAGCUUCUUGGAUUUUACGAAAUUAUCAUCAAAAACCAAGAGACAGGAACAGAGAUUAAAUGGGAUGUUUUGCUAAUGGAAAAUCUAUUCUAUGACCGAUACCCAACUAGAAUAUUUGAUCUUAAGGGAUCGAUGCGAAAUCGUAAGAUUCAGUCCACAGGCGAGCAGAAUGAAGUCCUUCUUGAUGAGAACAUGGUUGAGUUUAUUUACGAAUCUCCACUAUUCGCGCGUGAACAUUCCAAAAAACUUUUACGAGCUGCGAUUUUCAAUGAUACGCUAUUCUUACAAAGAAAUGACGUAAUGGACUACUCACUGAUGAUAGCAGUUGACGAGGCCCGAAAAGAAUUAGUUGUAGGUAUCAUUGAUGUGGUCAGAACAUACACUUGGGAUAAAAAGCUUGAAUCAUGGAUUAAGGAUCGCGGUUUUGCGGGAGGUGGUCGCAACCGUCCGACAGUAACUUCUCCUAAAGAAUACAAAAGUCGUUUCCGAGAAGCUAUGAAUAGAUACAUUCUUCAAGCACCAAAUAGUUGGCAUCAGGAACAUCGCGUGGAACCAAUUCCUCAAAAGUAUAUACAUAACGAAGUAGAGGGUGACAAAAUAAUAGAUACGAACUAG